AUGCUUACUUUUCUCACAUCUUUAGCUUCUUGUGAAAGCAAGAAGGAAGAACUUCGCCGCCUUUACGGUGCCCACAAGACCCUUGGUUAUUCUAAGGCUCGUGUUCAAUUAUACAAUAAUGUUGAUUGCCAGGGCUCAGGAAUUGCCUUGAUCUAUGGUGGCAACACAUAUUCCUUCAAGUGCGGUGGAUCUUCAAUGCCAUCCGGCACAGUAGUCAACUGCGAGCACAUCGUUCCACAAUCAUUCUUCGGAAAGAAGAACCCAGAAGUUUGCGAUAUUCACCACCUUUACCCAGCUCCAGCCAAGCUCAACAGCAUGCGCUCGAACUAUCCAUUCGCUGAAUUCAGCUAUGACGAAUGCCUUGAUUUCUGCAAGGAUGACUCAUGCUCAACAACACGCCCAUCAAACCCAGAUGACUACUCCUGCCGCCAUAAAGAUAAGCAUCACUGGAUGCCACGCACUGAAGACCGUGGUAAAGUCGCUCGUGCCAUCUUCUACUUCAUGACAAUGUACGACACAGUCGAUAUCAACAAGGUUAGCACUGUUGAAACACUCAAGAAGUGGAACCGUGAACAUCCACCAGGCGCUUUCGAAAAGUAUCGUAAUGACGCCAUCAACAAGAGCCAGGGUAACAGAAACCCAUACAUCGAUGAUUACACACUUGUUGAUCAAGUCUUUUAA